CGCAAGAGAAGGUAAUGCAAUAAAACUUUUGCGCGCGCAUUUCUCUCAGUACAUAACGGUAGCGCUUCGUGUGUACGUACGUGUAUGAGUGGGUGGUCUAAAAAAAUAGCACUCGUUAGCGCCCGCUCGCUCGCUCACUUGCAGUCUUCGCCUCGCGCCGUCUCACUCUCAGUCGAUUCCCAUUCGAAUGCAAUUCGUUUCGUUGAUUUCUCCGAUUCGCGAACGAGAGGGGGGAGGGGAACCAGUCGAGGGCGAAGAAGCAGAGGCAGCGACGCCACCGUCGCCGUCGCAGCGGAGUAGCUGCCAUCUCUCAAUCUCUGAGUGACAAUCCGUCGGUACGGUACACGAAAACGGACACAGCUCCGGUUUCCAAAAUUCCAGUACGAAAACGGCUAUUCGAACUCGAUUAACACACGCGGGCAAUCGGAAUAAAUAACUCGAAAUAUUGAAAGUAUAUUUCAUCGCCAGAGAAAAUUCAAAAAUCAAAGUGCGCGAGUGUCUUGUGUCAGUGCUGUUGAGUUUUAAAAUUUACUUUUAGACCUCCUAAAAGAAAAAACGCCAAAUUAACGAAUCGAUCAAAAAGUAAACAAACAAAAGUGUCGGCCAUGAUGAAGUAUGGAUUCUGUGACAAGUGAACAGAGUGAAAAUAACAACAAUAAAGCGGGCGCAAUAAAUAAUAAUCACGCAAUAAAUAGUGGUAUUGAACGAACCGCGGGCAAUAUGAACACCACCGCCAUGUUGAUGCAUCACCAGCAGCAGCAGCAGGCAGCCGCAGCAGCAGCAGCCGCAGCAGCCCAGCAGCAACACAAUGGACGCGACGGUAGCAACAGUUCGCGUGGAGCUAACGAGGAUCGUCCGAAUGGCCGGAGUUCGCACACAGGACGAGGAUCCAGUUGCUCACCGGCCAGCUCCCCAAGUCGUCAUCCCAGUGCCGUGAGUCCGGUGAGCUCCCUCAACCACUCCAUGAUGCAGCAGAUGCAGCAGCAGCAGCAGCAGCAACAGCAGCAGCAACAGCAGCAACACCAUCAGCUCAGCCCCCCGCCACAUGGAAUGCCAUCGGGCAACGGACUGCCGACGGGUCUGCCACCCAGAAUGCCCCAUGGACUGCCGCCCCAUUCGCUGGGUCUCCUCAACUCCCUGCAGAUGAUGCACCAUGCCUCCCCCUUGGAACUGAUGGCCGCCGCCCAUCAUCAUGUGCCUCCAAGGUCGUACAACUCGCCGCCGCCAAUCUCCACCUCGGAUCCCAGUGCCAAUGAGUGCAAGCUGGUGGAGUACCGGGGUCAGAAGGUCGCCGCAUUCAUAAUCAGCAACGAAACCAUGCUCUGCCUGCCGCAGGCCUUUGAGCUCUUCCUGAAGCACUUGGUCGGCGGCCUGCAUACGGUCUAUACCAAACUGAAGCGCCUGGACAUCGUACCGCUCGUCUGCAACGUGGAACAGGUGCGCAUAUUGCGCGGCUUGGGCGCCAUUCAGCCGGGCGUCAAUCGCUGCAAGUUGCUCUGCUGCAAGGACUUCGACAUCCUCUACAGGGACUGCACCACGGCCAGAUGCCUAUCGAUCAAGCCACCAGAAAGUAACUCUCUGCAAUUCCGCAGUUCCAGACCGGGUAGACCGCCCAAGAGGGGACCCGUGGGGCUUUCCCUGCCGCCCACUCAUCUAUCGCAGCAUCCGCAGCUGAAGAAGCAUCGCCUGGACAACGGGGACUAUGCCUAUGAAAAUGGGCACAUAAGUGAUAUGAAAUCGCCGCUUUUGGCCAACGGCUACAAUCCGCCGCCCAUCAACCACAUGGCCUUCAUGCAGAUGAACGCCCACCACCCGGGAGCGGCGGCUCUCAUGUCGCCGGGAAUGCCGCCCCACGGAUUGCACGCCCGUCCCGAGAGCCAGAUGCUCAAGGCCGCUGCCCAGAACGCCGGAAUGUCGGCGGCCAAUAUGGACGCCCUGGCCAGAUCCGGAAUCUGGGAGAACUGCCGUGCGGCCUACGAGGACAUCGUCAAGCACUUGGAGCGACUGCGGGAGGAGCGGACGGAUGAGCGUCAACAGGCGAUGGGAGUGGGUGGGGCGGUGGUCGAUCGGGUGGGAAAUGUGAUGGUGGCCGAGCACAAGCCCAGGGAUCUUAGCUCCAGGAAUUGCUCUCCCACGCGCCAGAGUCCGGUGCUGAAUCUGAGUAAGUCCGGCGGGAAUACAGACCACGGCGGAAGCAACUGCGACGCGGGCAGUGAGCGCAGUGAUUGCCACUCGGUGGCAGGAUCCCCGGGAAGAGGGGGCUCCCGCAGCCUGGACGAGGGUAGUCGCAGUGGCGUCGGAGGGGGCGUGGCCUCCCAUGUGGGCGGCGGCAUAAUCGGGGUCGAGGACGAUGAGGAGGAAGAGGAGAACCUGAGCGACGAGAAUCAAUCCGAAGUCGAUGAACGCUGCCUGGCCAAAGAUGACGAAGAUUUGAGUGACACGGAACGUGAUAAUCUGUCCACGGGCUCGGCGGCCGCUGCAGCGGCUGCAGCGGCAGCAGCCGCACACCAGCUCCACCAGCACGCCGCCUCGCACCACCACCAAACGGUGGGUCUGUCCCACUUGGGCGUGGUGCCCCCACACCAGCGGGGCUCCCCCUCAUCGGCGGAGGCGGCCGCAGCCGCGCUUCAGCACCAAAGAGCCUUGAACUACUCCCAAUUGGCCGCAGCUGCAGCCGUGGCCAACGGGGCGGCAGUGGGCGGUGGUGCGGUGGCCAACGGGCCCACCGGCGGCGGCGGUGCCCUCACCCCCAACGAAGCGCUACUGGCCGCCAAUGAUGCGGCCGCCCUGGCCGGAGGACUGGCCCUGGGCCCCUUGGGCAUCGAUGCCCACGCCGCCGUGCCGGCCAGCUCCACGGAAACCCUGCUCAGGAACAUCCAGAGCCUGCUCAAGGUGGCCGCCGAUAAUGCCAGGCAGCAGGAGCGGCAGAUCAGCUACGAAAAGGCUGAGCUGAAGAUGGAUGUUUUGAGGGAACGCGAAGUGAAAGAUUCGUUGGAACGCCAGCUGGUUGAUGAACGUAAACUGAGAGUGCUCUACCAGAAGCGCUUCCGUCGCGAGCGGAAGAUCCGCAUCCGCUAUCAGCAGCAACUCGGCGGUGGCAGCGGUGCCGUGAAGGUCAGUCCGAAUGCCAACGGGAGCGGGGGCGGUGGCUCCGGAUCCGCGUGCAGUGAGUCGGAGGCGUGCGGCGGCGGUGGCGGUGAUGCCAAGUGCAACAACAACAACAACAACAAUAACAACAACAACAAUAACAACAGCAGCAGCAGUAGCCACGGCGGCGACGUGGAGACAAUGAAAGAAAACGACGCUGGCAGUGAAAAAUCGGACAAGUCGCUGGCCUCCAAUUCCUCCUGUGAUGUGACCGCCGGACAUUCGGCUGGAUCCGUUUCCGGUUCCAUCUCCGCCGGCCUCAACUGCCCGGAUUCCCCCACCCACUUCAAACGGGAGCCGCACUCCGAUCACGAGGGCUCCGUGGAGCGCCAACCACGAUCCUCAGCCGCCUCACUGGCCGCCCACGACGAGGAUAACUCAAAAAGAUGCGGCAGUCGCGAUCGGGAUGAGAGACCGCCCAGCGGAUCAGCAGCCUCAGUUGCGGCAGAGGGCAGCUUGGCUGCUGCAGCAGCGGCCGCCGCAGCAGCAGCCGCAGCAGCAGCCAGCAACGGAAAGGGUCCGUGGAGCUACCCGGGCAUCGAUCUGAUGGCCACCGGCGCCUUCUGGCAGAACUAUUCCGAAUCCCUGGCCCAAGAGCUGGAAAUGGAGCGCAAGAGCCGCGCCGCCAACGCCGAGCGGGAUGUGAAAAGUCCGCUGUCGGAGCGACCGACAACCUACUACAAGAACUCCGUGCUCUACGGCAGCGCCAACUAAACACCUGGGCAGGUCAGGUGGUCAAGUGGUCAGGUGGUGAGAUGGUCUGGUGGCGAGGACUUAUUUGAUCUCAGAGUGCAAUCCCAACCGGCGGCGGCUUUUGAGUGGGAGUGGAUAGGCGAAAUGGAAUGAAAAUGUGUACAUACCUAAGAUGGAAGAUGAAGAGUUCGAGUUUUGAGAACGUUGCAAGCGUUGCAGGAGUUGCAGCGGCCAUUUUGUACAUAAAGAAAAAGGACGUAGUAAAAAGAUGCAGAACUUCCGAUAUCCCAUAUAGAGUGCUUAGAUGCGAUAGCGAGCAGUUGUAAGCUUAUAGUAACGUUGUAUAUAGCAGCCGAUACGAAAGACUUUUUAAUGAAUUGAAAAACGAUAAGCUGAAAACCCGUGUAGGCAGUUGGCAUACCUAGCAUUUAACUUCCCCAAAAUGAAACCAUUUUUAGCAUUGCUUAUAAACCUUACGAUAUAGCUUCAAUUCGAGUAUAUGAAUGCAACAGAAAUAUACAUAUAAUAUUUAAAGUAAUACGUAGAUAUUUAGGGAGUACAGAAAUUAAUCUUACGAGCCGCUUUUUAGUGUUUUAAAUGAUGGAAGCAAGUUUGAUUGAUUUAUUUUACGAUGUAGUUUUUCUAAUGAUAAGAUUUUAAUUUAUUCACUAGCCUAGCAGCAGUGCAGUAAGUCCGUAAUACUAAAAAUUAGCAUAUAAAAAUAAUUAACUUCAAGUAUUUCACUUGCCUAGGCGAUAAACAAUAAUUCAUAUUAUAUAUAUCAAAUAAAAAAAAUAUUAAAAAUAAAUGCUAAACAAAACAUACUUGUAUGCCCGUUGCAAAAGCAAAACAAAAACAUAAUGAAGGAAAAAUGAUCAAAAAUUGACAUUAAAAACUAUUUAAACGCUUCAUAUGCUAUUAUAUAUACACCCUAUAUAUAUACACACAUUAACUUUAGUCAUAACAAUAGUCAAAGAACAAAUAAUUCCGCGAACCAACAAACAACAAUAACGAUUCAAAUAUUGUGCAACAUCUCGCCGCUCGCAGUGAAAACACAGAAAUUAUUAUAAUAAAUACGAUUAAAAUAAUACAGCAGCAGACAACCGACAGAACAGACAGACAAAACCAACACCAACAUCCAAGCGAAAAAGUUUAAAAAUAAUAUAUAAUAAUAAAUUAUUAUUGCAAAAAUAA